AUGUUAAGUGAAUUACUAAUGAUAGCAAAUGGCAUCAUCCUAAAUGAAGUGGUGAAAGAAGGCACUUUCUUUGAUGAUAGAGCCAGUCAGUAUCAGAAUCAAGGCAUGAGCAGUUCCUGUGUGACACUGGCCGAGGUCCUAUGGGCAAGAGGAAGCCCUUUGGAGGAAGAAGAAAUAUGGGCACUCUUGUACUUGGCCACAGUGCAUCUUUUGGAGGACCUUCACAAAGAGAACAGCAAGAGCAAGCUGUUCCCUAAGGAACAGGGAGCACGGUUACAAGGUUGGCAAAGUAGGGGCUAUGCCAGCCAGGGCCCUGUUCCACAGUACCGAAAUAAGGCAAGCAGGGCAGGUCUGGGGUUGACAGCUGAGAAUUCCAGCCCACCACACAAGUUUGUGGUGAUAAGGCAGAUGUUGGUGUAUUCCUUAGGAAUGACUCUCUAUUGGUCAGCAGACUACCAGGUUCCUCCAAACCAGUCCCUCCAGCUGAGUGACCAACUACACAUGCUCUUGCUGACACUAUGUGAAGAUCUGCCACAUAAAAGACUUUCUCCUGAAUCAAUCCUGGAAGCCUGUGAGGCACACCAGAAGGAAUCUGCUUCCUUACCUGCAAGUAUCUACAUAAAGAAAAUGGUCCAGUUUGCUGUGGGAAAUGUCAGUGAGUUUUCAGGUCCAGAAUUUAUUAUUUUAUCUAGUGAACCACCAGUGACCCUACAGCUACCUGGAUCAAUUGUGACUAAAAAAGGGAAAUCCUAUUUGUCCCAAAGGGAUCUCAAUGUGAUUCUACUCAACGGGCAGUGCCUUGAGGUGCAAUGUGAUAUCAAGUCCAAGGCAAGAGAUGUUUUCAACACCGUGGUGGCAUAUGCAAACUUGGUGGAACAUUUCUACUUUGGCUUGGCUUACCUGAAAGGUAAAGAAUUCUUCUUUUUGGAUGAGGACACCAAACUCUACAAAGUGGCCCCAGAUGGCUGGAAUGACCAACCCAAGAAGAAAAGCUCCAUCAUUAAUUUCACACUCUUUUUAAGAAUAAAAUUCUUUGUCAACCACUUUAAUGUUAUCCAGCAUGGCUUGACAAGGCAUCAGUUUUACCUGCAGCUUCGUAAAGAUAUUUUGGAGGAGCGAUUAUACUGCAAUGAUGAGACUGCCCUGAAACUCGGCGCUUUGGCUUUACAGGCUGAGCUUGGCAAUUACGCUUCUGAGAUGCAUGGAAAGAGCUAUUUUCGGGUUGAAGACUACAUUCCAGCAAGCCGAAUAGAGAAAAUGACCCUGGCAUACGUACAGCGAGAGCUUGCUAAAUUGCAUCGCAUGAAUCGUUCCCUGUUUGAGGAUGAAGCUGAAUUAGAAUUUUUAAAGGUGACUCAGCAACUUCCUGAAUAUGGAGUGUUAUUCUAUCGUGUGUCCCAAGAGAAGAAAGGAGCAGGAGAAGACAUCAUCCUGGGAAUCUGUGCCAAAGGCAUCAUUGUGUAUGAGGUCAAAAAUCACACGAGGAUUGCCAGUUUACGAUUCCAAUGGCGCGAAACAGAGAGAAUUUCAGCUCAUAGAAAAAAAUUCAUUAUUGAAAGCAGCUUCAGUGGCAAGAAACACACCUUCAUUACCGAUACAGCAAAAACAUGUAAAUAUCUACUGAACCUCUGCUCUGCCCAGCACAAAUUCAAUGCCCAGUCAAAUUCUAGGCAACUUCGGCAAACUUCAUCAGAGGAAAGUAAAUUUGUGGAAAUAGACAAAUCAAAUUCUGCAUAUGCAGCUCAGCGUGAACACCUUGCCCUGAUUCAGAGACUGUCUCGUUCAGAGAAUGUGCUCUAUGGAGCAAACCUGGAAAGCCUUUCUGCUGGGUUAAUGAGCAAAUCUUGUGAUAACCUCAGUGUGGAAACCAACAACAGGACUAGAGACAAAAGCAUUCUUGGCAGAUCCACGUCAGGGCUAUCCCAGUCAGAAAUGCACAUCAAUUUGAAAGGAAAGCAAAGGAGUUAUGACUACCUCUCUAUCCAUUCAACUCAGAACACAAUCAGUGCACCUGGAUCACCAGCCAAUCAGAAGGAAGUUUUGCUAAGUGGUCUAGAAAGAGAAAUAAUUUGUGUCAGCCUAAAGCGUGACUCUAAGAAUGGAUUUGGAUUUGUAAUUAUUGGAGGAGAAAAUGUAGGAAAAUUAGACCUCGGUAUCUUUAUCGCUUCAAUUAUCCCUGGGGGACCUGCAGACAGAGCUGGGAAUAUCAAACCAGGAGGACGACUCAUCUCUGUGAAUAAUAUUAGUCUUGAGGGGGUUUCAUUUAAUACUGCAGUUAAAAUCAUCCAGAAUUCUCCUGAUGAAGUGGAACUCAUCAUCUCUCAACCCAAAGACAUGUAUGAAGAAGGAGUAAAUGAAGAAAAGAAUCUAUCAAGAGGAAACAGCACUAGUGGAUCUGAGAUCUCCUGUGCAGACAGUGGGAGAAACCAGAUUCAGGAUUGUCAUACAGCUCUCCCCAAAGAACAGAACAUAGAUGAACUCGAGAAGGCUCUUUCCUGGAGUUUAACACCAAAACUGGGUCCUCAGAUUACAGUUCCUUCAGCUGAUAGACUGGAUGUGGAGGAAGCUGAUUCUUCCAAUUUACGAUCUCCCUCUGAAACCAGCUCAAAGGAAAUCUAUACUGUGGAGCUUGUUAAAGAAGAUGGGACCUUUGGAAUCAGCGUGACUGGGGGAAUUAACACUAGUGUGCGUCACGGUGGGAUAUACGUGAAGUCAAUUAUUCCUAGGGGACCAGCAGAUAAGGAUGGACAAAUAAAGAUAGGUGAUCGUCUGCUGGAAGUAGAUGGCAUCAGCCUCUGUGGUAUCACCCACAAACAGGCUGUGGAACACCUUAAGAAAUCUGGGCAGAUUGCCAAGCUGGUUCUAGAAAGGGGAAGCUACCAAUUGGCAGAGCCACGCCUGACUGCUAACGACAGAAAAGAGGACCAAAGUACAACUGUUUCUGCAGCAACGUCCUUCACAGAUGGUACCAAAGACUACUGCUUUUUGACAGACGAUAAUAUAUUUGAAGUCAAACUGACAAAGAAUUCUGGAGGCCUCGGCUUUAGUGUUCUGCAGAUGGAAGAAGAUGCUUGUGAACACCUUGGAGGACCUAUUAUCAGGAUCAAAAGACUGUUUCCAGGGCAGCCAGCUGAAGAGAAUGGUGAAAUUGAAGUUGGUGACAUUAUUUUAGCUGUGAAUGGGAAACCUACUCAAGGACUUUUUUAUCAGGAUGUCCUGCACUUGUUGAGAGGAGCUCCUCCGGAAGUCACACUACUACUUUGCAGACCACCGAAAGGUGUUCUUCCAGAAAUAGAACAAAGUGCCCUGACUCCAGCACCAUCUCCAAUUAAGGAGUUUGUGGCAGAAAUGCCAGGCAGUACAGAGGCAGGAAAUAGUAUAGAUCAGUCUACCAGUGAUGGAGGUAGCACCUCGCCAGACCUUGAAGACUGUCUGGAUUCUCCAGUGGCAGCAGAUUUCAGUGAGCCUCCUGAAGAGGACAGCUUCACUUAUGAAGAACAGGAAGCUGAGUUUCAAGAGAAAAUCAAACAGAAGCUUAUGACACCCAGGGAAGGUUUCUAUAAGCAUCUUUGGAAGUUUCAUCAAGAAGCUGCCAGUUCUGAAGUCUCCCACUCCCUAGAGGAAGAAAUGAAGCAGAACUGCUACUCACCAUGUGAAUUUGGAUGGGCCAAAAGGUAG